UCUAACAACUGGGAAACCUCCCGCAACAAACUAACAGGUGUCGUCCUCCUCCUGCCUCAGAUCCACAGUCACACUACCGAGGGGCUGCCUGUCCGCGCUGCAGACUCUCUGCCUGAACCCAACACGUCUGAACGCUUUUCUUUACUUUAUCUGACCUUAAAACUUGCAGGAAAGCACACGCGCACACACACACACACAGACACAGACACAGACACAUACACACAUAAAUGAUGCACUCGGCACAGAAAGACACCACCUUCACCAAGAUCUUUGUGGGGGGUCUUCCUUAUCACACAACGGACUCAAGCCUCAGGAAAUAUUUCGAAGUGUUCGGAGACAUCGAGGAGGCUGUGGUCAUCACUGAUCGGCAGACGGGCAAAUCUAGAGGUUAUGGAUUCGUGACCAUGGCGGACCGGGCCUCUGCUGACCGAGCCUGCAAGGACCCCAACCCCAUCAUAGACGGAAGGAAGGCCAAUGUGAACCUGGCCUACCUGGGGGCAAAGCCUAGGGUCAUACAGCCAGGAUUUGCAUUUGGUGUGCCUCAGAUCCAUCCUGCAUUCAUCCAAAGACCUUAUGGGAUCCCCGCCCACUACGUCUAUCCUCAGGCCUUUGUCCAACCCAGCGUGGUGAUCCCACACGUACAACCCUCUGCUGCUACGGCAACAGCUGCUGCUGCCACUUCCCCAUACCUUGACUAUACCGGUGCAACAUACGCUCAGUAUUCUGCGGCUGCCGCCACUGCUGCUGCAGCUGCGGCUGCCUACGAGCAGUAUCCGUACGCGGCCUCGCCAGCACCAACAAGCUACAUGACUACAGCAGGGUAUGGAUACGCUGUCCAGCAGCCGCUCGCCACUGCUGCCACCCCAGGAGCUGCCGCUGCUGCUGCAGCCUUCAGCCAGUACCAACCUCAGCAGCUGCAGACAGAUCGCAUGCAGUAGAACCAUGAAAACUACCUUAAAGGAGGAAAACAGGGGGAGGUCACCUUCUUCCAUUAGGAGGGCAAAGUUAGGUGGGGGAAGAUAGUAGAAGCUGAAUAUUGGUUGUCACUCCCAGGUUUUAUCUUAGCAGUCCUUCUACCAAAGAGCCUGAGGAAAAUUACCCAAAAUGUGGAGACAAUGAGGAAUUUCUGCAUAUUUUAUUAAAGCGAGAUCUGUGUUUUGUCACUAUUCAAUAUAUAUGAAUAUUUAAUAUUUAUUCAGUGGUUAAAUAGUUAAUGUUAAUUGAAGAACACUCAGUGGACCUCAUGUCAAACAUUGCUAUAUAUUUAUACAUGUAUAUAUGUGGAAUUUGUACUAAAUUCCCAGUUAGAUUUAUGUCUUAUAAUCAGGUUUCUUCCCCACCACUUUGAAAACAAACCAAAACACUUGCAUACAUAUGAGAACCAUAUGUUACAACACCACAUGGUUUUCAGUAUUUCAUAGUUUUGGACCAGUAUUUCGUUUGGUAAAGCUAUGCAGACAUCAAUAGAGAAGUUUUGUUAGGUUGUUUUCUUUUUCUAAGUAACUGUUUGGCGUGAGAUAGAUUAGACAUCCUCAGCUAGUUCCUUUUAAAAUGUAUUUUCUAAAUAACACAUAAGACAAAAUGCUGACCACUGAAGCACUCACUUUUCUUCCCUUUAAAUUGCACCUCAAGUAAACUCAGCAGAAGGGAAGAAACACUGUUGAAUGUGAAUCUUUCAUUUUGAAAAAAAGUGUUUCAUAAUGUGCCUUUUAAAUUAUGCUAUUUAUGUAUUUAUUAUGGAGCCUUCAGUAAAAAAAAAACUUUAUUUGUGUUCAUGUAUGAAGCCUGCUGUAGAACAUGUCCACAUGUGCUGCUGCAUUUCUCGUGAUCAAGAGCAUAUGUUGUUUAAGAAUGUUUAAACUUGGCUUUACAAUGUGCUAUACCAUGUAUAAAGAACAAAAUAUGAGUGGAAAAGUAGCAAUAACUCCAAUGCCUUCUCUGUUUUCUGUAGAUUUAAUGUUGUCUAAAUUAUAUCCUUAACUCUUUAAUGUUGCUUUUUAUACUUGAUCAGUUAAAUAAAGGACGGUGUGACGACUGUUAACUUUUUAAUUUUUUACAUUUGAUGUCUUUUGACAUUAAAUGUUUUCUAAUGCAAAGGCAUCCCCUAUUUUACCUUUGCGUUUUGUAAUGCAUGACUCGAAAUGAUGCAAACAUAAUGAAUUUGCUAAAUAAAAGGAAUUUACUUUCAA